AUGCCCGUAACUUUUGUUGACACGCCUGGUCAACGUGUAUUUUCCGAAACUCGCCUUCACGCACAGAUUGUUGCUGACUGUCUGCUUUUAGUUGUGUCAGUGGUGGAGGGGGUUCAGAGCCAGACCUACGAAACGAUUAAAGUAGCGUUGAACGUUGACAGACCACUUAUUGUGGUUUUGAAUAAGAUGGAUCUCUUUUCCGAUUCACAGAAAGCUUGGGAGGCCGUGUCAAGGGUUCUUGCAGGACUUCGAGAAGCUGGCUUAAACGUUGAUAUGAUACAUAAAGAGAGGGAUAUUGAUCAGUUGCGUCUGAGUGAGUCCACACCAAUAACAGAUGCCCAAGUAUCCAAGACAACGGAGAACUCUUUCCAGGUGUUUGCGCCGAUGAAGAAGGUGGAUCCUACAUAUAAAGGUAGCCGAAAGCAUCCAGUUGUCAGUUUACAACGUCGUUGCGUUGGUGUGUGUAUAUCUGCCAAGAAGCGAAAGAAUUUUGAUCUACUUUGGUCACUUAUUGAUCUUAUGACAUUGACGUGUCCACCGCUCUGUCACAGUAAGAGUAUGGAUUACGCAUCACACAGUUGUUCGUUGCAAGCUGUUGUUUUGGAGGCUUCGAAACAUCUGUUUAAUGAGGAGGUGUUUAGAGUUAAUAAAAGUCUACAAGGACUCCAGAAACGGGAAGAUACGGCUUCCGAGAAACGACAGGCCCGCUUCGAACAAAACAGUAUUUCCGUGCGAAUCAACUCGUCAUUAAACGCCGCACGCAGAAAAGUUAAGAGUUCAAAUCCGACCAGUACAAAUUGUCUUGUUCUCACUGUCAUAGUCAAGGAGGGUUGUAUUACAAAGGGAGUUCCAUUUGUAGCAGAUCAAACGAAAGGACGUGUAGACUACAUGGUAAACGCCCUUGGCGAUUCUCUGGAGAGGGCAGAUCCUGGCACAGCCGUAACAAUCAUAGACGUUCAUAGUACUACUGGAUGUCCUGGUGUGGGAACGCAUCUGUUGUCAAUGCCUACGGAAGCUGAAGGAGUGUGCGUAUUUGAGUACAGACGUUUGCUUCAGUGGUUUGUUGAGUGUUUCCCUGAUCGAUUACAUCUUCUUCGCCCAAGAGGGAUGAACGUGUCCUUUUCACACCUCGGCGAUUACGGACAGCUCAAAAACACUCUCUGCUUGGAGUAUCAGCUGCUCUACGGGCCUCCAGAAGCUGCGGUCCUGGUGGAGCCGGACUCACAGUCAACUCAGCAAGAAAUUUCACCGGAUGGCACACCGAAACUCUUAGAAAAGAGUAUUGCUGAGUACCUACGGGAGAAAAACGCAGAGGAGACAGAUGUUCAAGACAAGCUUAUGUUGGAACGUGGAUGCCAUGAGACGAUGCCGAUGAUGGACGAAGAUCUAAAGGCUGUGUUGCAAACUACAUGGGCAGAGCUACAGCCUCAAAAUCGACCAAAAUCACAGGAAGAGUACGAUGAUCUAAUUAGAAACUGUAUCCAAGUCGGUGUUCUUUUCAAAGUUGAUUCCUGGCACAGCGCACGAAUGUUGCACCGUGAAGUCACACGGUUGGGCACACGAAAAGUGGCCUUUCAUGCUAUUGGAAUGCGAUUUGGUGAGUUAGUCGUGGAUGAUAUUUUGUUUUUCAGUCGUGCGAUGAAGAUUGUUGUGUGCUAUCGUACUCCUCUAGCCGCUUCCACCGAACUCGAUCGGUACCUUGAAAUCAAUGACACUUGGGUCUUGCAAACAGAUGACAUUUCAGACGUGGUUCUCUUCCUUAAAUGGUGCGCAGUGUCUCUACAUAAGGAGCAUGCACCCGACGACUGUGGAAAAGCAGAGCCAAACAAAAAGAGCUACUUUGUGCUUAUGAACAAUCGAUUCAAAAGGAAUUCCAAUGAGAAGAGCGAGAAUCAAGAGACUCAAAGGCGUCGCCAACUACUCAUUACACCAAGAUCUUCACAUGAGAAUCUGUAA